CAAAUCCCAAAUGAUGAAUUGGGAAGUAGGAAGGUAUGUCUUGUAUAGCCGGGAGACGUGUUCACUGUUCAUUAAAGUAACACUGGAGUUCACUUGUGCAGGAGCGUUUACACCUUUGUUAUUAACAAUGACAACAUCCGGAUUUGUGUGAAGCUAAACAAAUUAUAAGAUUGUUUCGUUUUAGCAUUAGCAAUGAAUACGCUAUUCGCGAUCAGUUUGGUGUUUGUCGGUUGCUGCAGUAAUGUUGUGUUUCUGGAACUUUUGGUCAGGGAUUUUCCAGGAUGUGGAAAUAUCGUCACAUUUGCUCAGUUUGCCUUCAUAGCACUGGAGGGCUUCAUCUUUGAGACAAACUUUGGACGCAAAAAGCCACAAAUACCCCUCAGUAACUAUGUGAUCAUGGUGACCAUGUUUUUUACGGUCAGCGUGAUUAAUAAUUACGCCCUGAACUUUAACAUCGCCAUGCCUCUGCACAUGAUCUUCAGAUCAGGAUCUUUAAUAGCAAACAUGAUUCUCGGUAUUAUCAUCCUGAAAAAAAGAUAUUCGAUGAGUAAAUAUCUCUCCAUCGUGCUCGUGUCUGUUGGCAUUUUCAUCUGCACGAUAAUGUCUGCAAAACAAGUGAGUGUUGAGAAAGGCGCCACAGAGGAGGAUGGAGUUUAUGCCUUCAUGCAUUGGCUUCUGGGUAUCGCCAUGUUGACGUUCGCUCUGCUAAUGUCUGCAAGAAUGGGCAUUUUCCAAGAAACUCUGUACAAGAAGUAUGGCAAACACUCCAAGGAGGCUCUGUUUUACAAUCACUGUCUGCCAUUACCAGGGUUUCUCCUGCUGUCCACAAACAUUUACAAACACGCAGUUCUCUUCAGCCAGAGCUCUCCAAUGGAAGUUCCUGUGAUUGGUCUGUCUAUGCCGGUCAUGUGGUUUUACCUGCUGAUGAACGUCAUCACCCAAUACGUGUGUAUUCGUGGCGUGUUUAUCCUGACCACUGAAUGCGCGUCGCUAACAGUCACUCUGGUUGUAACGUUGCGCAAAUUCCUGAGUCUCAUCAUUUCAAUCCUGUACUUCCAAAAUCCCUUCACCGCCUGGCACUGGGUGGGAACGGCUGUGGUGUUUCUGGGAACGCUGCUCUACACAGAGGUUUUGUCCAGCGUUCCUGCAGCUUUUAAAGGACAGAAAGUCGACAAGAAGGCCAAGUAAACUGUACACGAACUUUAGCUCUGUGCAUUUGGGUUUCAUUGUUGUCUUAAAUCAUUUUUCAUUUCUAAGUUAUUCAUUGUGAAUGUAUGAGCACUUGAAGUACAAUUUUAUAGCUAUUUUUGAGCCAGGUGUGCAUUUUAAGAGCGUUUGUAUGUUCACUCGCACUGUCCUUGAACUGUUUUAAAUUAAUUUUAUGUUAAAAUUAA